ACUACGAAAACAAGACACUUUAGCUCUCGAUUUCGCCCUAUCGAGACGACGGACUUACUCUCCUUUCCCAAGCACGGCUGGGUAUUGCCGACAGCAACUAUAUAGACAUCACGGCAAAGCAGACAGCUUGGCUUGGAGAAGUGGAUGUGAAGUAGAUCCUCAGCUCCAGUGAAAGAAACAUAAUAAUACUCUCAUAUGAUUUCUGGGUACUUCCUUAGAUUAUCUUAUAUUUACUUCAAGUACACGAAAAUACAUGUAACAAAAGACCGUUUCACAAAAACUUGUAAAUUUCAUGCUGUGACGUAGCUGAGAGAACAAAGAGGCACCAACAUGGCGGCGCCUAAAGUACUGGAUUCUCGUAUUUUCUACCGCAGCCUGGGCAAUGAGCAGUUUUACAAGGAGGCUGUUGAGCACACAGCCAGUUUUAACUUUCGUCUCACUUGUGAACGAAAGAUGCGACUGCCAUUCAUUGACUCUCAGACUGGUGUAGCACAAAAACAUACUGAUCUAUUUCAACCCAGGAGAUACAGAUACCCAGGCAGAUCUUUUGGGCAGAUCUAUUCAUAUCCAGCAAAAAGAUGGAAAAAGAAAAAACGGUCAUAUUUUGCCUCAGAAAUAAGGCUUGCAAGUAAAGUUGGGGAUAUUGAGACAGGGGAGGCAGACAUGCAUCCAAUUAGUGCUGUGGAAAACCCAGCUCAUCGUCUGGAUGAUUACUAUGAUGACAAACUGGACUCCCAGGACCAGUGGUAUGAUGACUUGGAGGGUAUUGGAGAACCUCCAGAUGCUGGUGAGAUGGUUGAUGACCAGUCUGAUAUCAGUGACUAUGAGGAUCAGCUGAGAGGUCGCAAGAGAAAGAAAGCUGCUGUCUCAAAAAGUUCACGUGGCCGAAGGAAAAUUGAGAAAGAUCCAAAUGCUGAAGACAAGGAAAAACCAUAUGUUUGUGAAGCUUGUGGUGCACGCUAUAAAACAAGACCAGGCUUGGCAUAUCAUUAUACUCAUUUCCACAAUGGUCUGAUGGAUGAUGAAGCCAGCACCCCUUCACCUAAACCACCACCACGAGCAAACCGCACAACAACAAAAGAGCGUGAAACAGCUACUUAUCUUGCCAAGCCAUCAGUAUCUACAACAGCAGCAUCUUCCAGUAUAGAUCCAAAAGUUUCUGCGAACAACUAUUGUGACUUCUGCUUGGGUGACUCAGCUGAGAACAAAAAAACACUGCAGGCAGAGGAUCUUGUUUCAUGCAGUGAUUGUGGGCGCUCAGGACAUCCAUCUUGCUUGCAGUUUACAGACAAUAUGAUAAUUUCUGUGAAGAAAUAUCCCUGGCAGUGUAUUGAGUGCAAGUCCUGUGGUCUUUGUGGUACUUCAGACAAUGAUGAUCAGCUGCUCUUUUGUGAUGACUGUGAUCGUGGCUAUCAUAUGUAUUGCCUUACCCCACCACUAACAGAGCCUCCUGAAGGUAAUUGGAGCUGUCACCUUUGCAUAGAAGAAUUCCAUGGAGGUAAAAAACCAGAGGGCAUGCAGUAGGUGCCAAGAAAGACUACCUUCUCACAUUUCCUCCACCAUGGAAGAAUAAUGAAGAACUCCUUUGAUUAAAAGCAGCGUUUUAAUUGCAUAAAUAUAUGUCUAACAAAGUUGAAGCACUCAUGUUCACUGCUGUGUAGCUUUUGUAAACAUUCAGUUUUAAAAUCACUUUCAGGACAAUGUGGCUUUUAUAAAAUUUGAGAUGGAUUUAUAACAAUAUACAUAGUUGAGACAAUGGUAUAUCAAAGUUUGCAAACAAAGUAGGGUGGGAAGUAUAUUUGUUAAGAUUUAUAUACAGAUUCCAAAAUGAAGUUCUUUUUUGGAUUUAAGGGUGAAGGUGGUGGUACAGAAAGCCAGAUGCAGAAUUUAAUCAUUAUGGCUCAGUAAAGAUGCUGUCAAACUUUUCUUUAAAUGCAGAACAUAGGUACCUGUCAAAAAUGUGUCUUGUAUAUGAAUUAAACAUGUUAAACCAAUA